AUGGCGUCAUGUACAAUUACUUCGCCGGGAGGUAAUGCUCCUUCAUUGGUAAAAUUUCGAAUACCAUUUCAUAGUAAUAAACAAAAUGAAGAUUGUCUUUCACGAGUUAUUCUUGUCAUUGAUCGAUCUGGAUCAAUGUGUGGAGGUCCAUGGAAACAAGUUCAAUCAGCAGUUCAAGCAAUUUAUGAAAUGAAUCAAAAAUUAGCAAGAGAUGCUAGUUUCGAACCUAUUGUUAUAACUUAUAAUGAUACAGUUUCUGUUACUGAUUUAGCUUCAAUAGCAAAAACAACAGCAUGUGGAUCAACAGAUUUUGUUAAAGCUUUUCAACAAGUACAAAACACUAUAAAACAAAUAAAUGUUAAAAAACGUAUUGUCAUCAUUUUUAUGACUGAUGGAUGUGAUUCAUGUAAUCGUCCAAAUGCAAUUAUUGAUGCACAAACAAAAUUACGUAUGUUUUUAAACAAAUCUGGUUUCGAUUGUGUUGUACAUGUUAUUGGUUAUUCAAAAGAUCAUGAUUUAAAUAUGAUGAAUACAUUAAAAACUUUAGGUACAACUGAAGGUAUUUAUCGAUAUGCUGAAGGUUCAAUGGGUUUAGAUGAAAAAUUUCGUGAAUUAUUUGAAUUUGCUGAUUUAACAAUUGAAUUUACAAUAAAAUUACCUAAUAUUAAAGAACCAAUUAAAAUUACUGGUGAAAUGAUAGAUUCGAAUUAUGUUGAAGCUGAAUGUUGGUUAUCAUUAAAUGAAAAUAUAAAAGAUCCUAUUGAAAUAAUUAUUGGUACAAAUCAUUAUAAUAUUAUACCAAAAUCAACUGAACCUGAUACAAUUUUUAUUAUUAAAUCUUUAUCAAAACGUACAAAUGAUAUAACAACUCAAAAUGAAUUAGAUCAAAUUCAAAAUGAAUUACAACAAGUAAAUAUGUUUGGAAGUUAUCUUAGUGGAACAAAAACUGAUCGACAAUUAGCUAUAGAACUUCGUGUUGAACUUCAAACACGUUUAAAUACAUUACAUUCUAUUAUGGCUGAUAUUGCACGUGGUACAUUAAAUCAAACAGCUGCUCUAGCAAAAAUGAAUGAUUUAAGAUAUGCAGAUAAAUUUUCAAAAUCAUCACGUCAACGUCGAAUGGAUCAACGUGCAGUACGUAAUCAAGCAAAUCUUCAAUUAAUUGAUAAAAAAUUAAAUGAACUUAAAUUUAAUCAAGAAACUGCUUUUAAUAAUGUUGAUCUUACAACAUUUACUUGUUGUUUAACAUUAAAUAAUUGUCAAGAUAUGAUGAUAGAAAGUCAAGAUGAUAUUAUGGGUGUUGGUCUUGUUGUUGAACGACAAGAACAUGUUGUUGAUGCACCAACAUUAAUAUCUGUUAAACAUGUAUCAGUAACAAUACUUUCACGUUCAGCAUGUGAUGAUGCUAUUAAAAUGAAACUUAAUAUUGGAGAUGCAGCUCAAUUACAUGGAGGUUUUAUUUUAUCAAAAUCAAAUGCACCAACAACAAGUACAAAUUUUAAACAACGCAAAUCAAAUAAUCAACAACAAUCAGAAUUUACUCGUGGUGUUGCUGCCGAACCAAUAAAUACAUUUUUACCACUUUAUAUAUGUGAUGCACAUUUUGAACGUGUACAAAUUAUGUUAGAACCUAUACUUGGUUAUAUAUUUACACUUGAUAUAACUGGUUAUAAAAAUGAUCAACUUUUAGGUCUUUAUUCAAUUCUUGGUCAAAUAAUGAAUGCUAGUCCACGAAAUGGAUCAGAACGUGAAGAAAUUAUUUUAUAUGAAUUUACACGUUUAUGUCAAAAUCUUCUUCCACGAACACUUGAAUAUCUUGGUCAAGAAAAUGAUAUUUUAAAAAAAUUUAUGGCAAAUCCAACUGGUCGUAGUAAAGCACAUAUACAAAAUUUAAUGACACUUUUUGGUUAUAUUCAUGCAUUAGGUAUAAAAACAAUUGAUGAAUCAAUUCGUUAUGCUAUUGUUGAAGAAUUAUAUCGACGUCAUUUUUCUUAUAUAUAUCAUGGUACAUCAGAUAAUAUUAUUAAUGAACAUUUACAAUCAUUACUUUAUGAUAAAGAUGAUGAUAAUAAUAAUAAUAAUGAUAAUGAUACAAAUAAAGAAUCAAAUAUAAAUGAUUUAUCUUAUGUUAAAACAAAAAAUGAUAAAACAAAUGAUGGUCAUUUUGCUCAAUAUGCUCGAGCAGUAUUAAAAAAAAAUGAAAAAAAUCCUAAAAUUCCAACAGAAAAUAUUGAUAUUGAAUUUGAAAUACCUGAACGACCAAUAAGUAUAAUGAAUAAUAAAAUACGUUCAAAAAUGAUUGAAUUAUUAUCUCCUUUUUCAAUCAAAUCAAUUCAAAACGUUCUUGAUCGAUUAGGUAUUCGUAUGAUGGAUAUAUCAAAUGAACAAGAAUGUCAUAUACUUCGAUCAAUGCUUGUUCAAUGUCUUCGAUUUUAUUCAAAUGAAUCAAUUAAUUCAGCUGUUUUCAAUAAAACAUUUUUUGAUGUACGUACAGAUUCUGAACGAAUUCUUAUUGCUGCACAUGAAGAUUUUGAUGCUAAUCGUCAAACUUUAACAAAAAAUAGAAUUGAGCAAAUUCGUGCACUUGAAAUUGCACGACGUACAGUAUUAACAAAAGAUAUUGGUGUAUAUCUUGGUAGAAUGAUGAUCUAUGCACCAACACGUGGUGGUAAAAUAUUUGAUACUAUAUUAAGUUUAUUACUUGAUCGUAGUCAAAAACAAGUACCUUUAUUAGCAGAAAAAAUAUCGAUUAUAUUUACAGGUCGUUAUAAAGAACAUCAUGAUGCUGAAAAAGAAUUUGAUGUAUUAAGUAAUGGUAUUGCUUGGUUUCCGGAUCGAUCAAUUAUUAAUCGUGUAAAAGAAGCACUUGGUGAAGAUCAAUGGGAUGAUUUAGAUCGAUUGAUGAGAGGUCGUACUUGUGGUCACGUCUAUCGUUUAUCGGAUAUCCCUAAUCGUCAUGGUUAUUGCAAUUCACAUCCAAAUCCACUUUUGGUUGUUCAAUGGUCUCCAUAA